UCAGUCUCCCAAGUAGCUGGGACCACAGGCAUGCACCACCACGCCUGGCUAAUUUUUUGUAUUUUUAGUAGAGAUGAGGUCUCACCAUGUUGCCAAGGCUGGUUUCAAAAUCCUGUGCUCAAGCAGUUUGCCCACCUUGGCCUCCCAAAGUGUUGGGAUUACAGGCAUGACCACUGCGCCCAGCCUGUUAGUGUUCUUCAAGGUUCUAAACAAGAAGUAGAGAAGUAGGAUAAGAGGGCAAGUUGCAGGUUUAGGCUGUGAGUUGAAGGGAGCACUUGAAAGGAGAGAUUAUAGAAUAAGUUUUCAAGAAAUUUGGCAAUAGAUUUUUUUUUUUUCGUCCAAGGCGCAUGCUCAUUUAUAUACCAGAAUUGGCUAGAGUUCAUGAGGCCCUGAACAAAUAUCACACACAAGCAAGUACAGUCUUCCAAAGUUCUUCACUUUUGUCUUUUUGUGUAGCUUGAUGUAAAAUGUGGCUCUUAACAUAUUCUCUUUAUACUUAGAGAUAUAAUAGGCACAACAUUACUUUUAUUAUAUCUGUAACCAUUACUUCCUUUUUUAUUAUGUUGUUUAUAAAGUGCCAAUUAAUCACUACUAUAGUUUGGAGUUACAGUAUCUGACUUAACAUAUUUGUACAAUUGAUUGUUGAGCCGGGCAUUGAUUAGAUGAAUUAACUUUCAACAAAGUUUAUUUGAACUUCAGUCAGUAGUGGAUAUUUAAGAAGUACAGAUUAUGAUAACUGCUUUUAUAGGAAAUGAUGCUUGGUACAUUUUUUCAUAUGACAUAGAUCUUACAUUUUUAUUUAUUCUGGAUAAAUAUCUGAUAAUGUCAGGUUCAUUGGAUUCUUCAAAAUAACCUCAUUGUCUCUCUCUUAAGAGGGAGAGGGAAGUAGAAUAUGUGUAAAUUUAUAUAAUGUUGUUUUCUCAAAACUGCACUUAUGUGAAUGAAACAGAAACAUGUUCAGGGACAGUUAGUGUUUCAAAUUCUCCCAAUUAGAUAUGGAGCAUAUUUAUUAUGGAGCACAUUUAUUAAGUAGAAAAUUAUUAUGGUCUAAUUCCAAAUUUUUUAUAUUUUAGGUCCUAUAUUGCGACCUAGUUGGACUUUUGUUUAAAAAAAGUCUAAAUUAUGCAGAAGGGAGACGUCAAAGAAAAAGGAGAGACUGAAGAACAAGAAGGCUGAAAGUAAUGAAAAUAGAAUUGCUAGACAGUGUCCUGGAGGGACAAGAGGGAAUGGGGUAGAGAGAGCACAGGUGAAGCAAAAAAUUUAUUGCCAUAUCUUGGACCCCACAAAAUGAGAGAUUGUUUCUGUACCAUAAAUUUGGACCAGGAAGAAGUUUAUCGUACCCAAGUUGUGGAAAAAUCUUUAAGCCCAUUUUUCAGUGAAGAAUUUUACUUUGAGAUUCCAAGAACUUUCCAGUAUUUGUCUUUCUAUGUUUAUGAUAAGAAUGUUUUACAAAGAGAUCUCCGUAUAGGAAAAGUAGCCAUCAAAAAAGAAGACUUGUGUAAUCACAGUGGCAAAGAAACUUGGUUUUCAUUACAGCCUGUUGACUCCAAUUCAGAGGUUCAGGGUAAAGUUCACCUUGAAUUAAAACUGAAUGAACUGAUAACGGAGAAUGGAACUGUAUGCCAGCAGCUUGUUGUACACAUCAAGGCAUGCCAUGGGUUGCCUCUCAUAAAUGGCCAAAGCUGUGACCCUUAUGCAACAGUUUCUCUAGUGGGCCCUUCUAGGAAUGACCAAAAGAAGACAAAAGUAAAGAAGAAAACAAGCAAUCCGCAGUUUAAUGAAAUCUUUUAUUUUGAGGUAACCAGAUCCAGUAGUUACACCAGAAAGUCCCAGUUCCAGGUAGAAGAGGAGGACAUUGAAAAGCUAGAAAUCAGGAUCGACUUGUGGAACAAUGGAAACCUAGUCCAAGAUGUUUUCCUAGGUGAGAUUAAGGUUCCUGUGAACGUAUUAAGAACUGAUUCCUCUCAUCAAGCCUGGUACUUGCUACAGCCAAGAGACAAUGGAAACAAGUCAUCCAAAACUGAUGACCUGGGGUCUCUUCGAUUAAAUAUAUGUUAUACAGAAGACUACGUGCUUCCUUCAGAGUACUAUGGUCCUUUGAAAACUUUGCUGCUAAAAUCACCAGAUGUUCAACCAAUAUCUGCCUCAGCUGCUUACAUUUUGAGUGAAAUAUGUCGAGAUAAAAAUGAUGCUGUUUUGCCCCUUGUACGACUGCUGCUGCACCAUGAUAAACUUGUUCCUUUUGCCACUGCUGUGGCUGAAUUAGACUUGAAGGAUACACAAGAUGCAAACACAAUUUUUAGAGGAAAUUCCCUGGCUACCCGAUGUCUGGAUGAGAUGAUGAAAAUAGUGGGAGGGCACUACCUGAAAGUAACAUUAAAACCUAUUCUUGAUGAGAUAUGUGACUCCUCAAAAUCCUGUGAAAUCGAUCCUAUUAAAUUGAAAGAGGGAGAUAAUGUAGAAAAUAAUAAGGAGAAUCUGCGCUACUAUGUAGACAAGUUAUUCAAUACAAUUGUAAAAUCAAGUAUGAGCUGCCCCACUGUAAUGUGUGAUAUCUUUUAUUCUCUAAGGCAGAUGGCUACUCAGAGAUUUCCUAAUGACCCUCAUGUUCAGUAUUCUGCAGUGAGCAGCUUUGUAUUUCUUCGUUUCUUUGCUGUAGCCGUAGUAUCACCUCAUACUUUUCAUUUGCGACCUCAUCAUCCAGAUGCACAGACAAUUAGAACAUUAACUCUCAUCUCAAAAACUAUACAAACUUUGGGAAGCUGGGGGAGUCUGUCCAAAAGCAAGUCAAGUUUCAAAGAGACAUUCAUGUGUGAAUUUUUCAAAAUGUUUCAAGAAGAAGGAUAUAUUAUAGCAGUUAAAAAGUUCUUGGAUGAAAUUUCAUCUACUGAAACUAAAGAGUCCAGUGGUACGAGUGAGCCUGUGCACCUGAAAGAAGGUGAGAUGUAUAAAAGAGCUCAAGGAAGAACUCGGAUUGGAAAAAAGAAUUUUAAGAAACGAUGGUUCUGCUUAACAAGCAGAGAGCUCACCUACCACAAACAGCCAGGUAAGUUCAUUGAACGCAAAGAUGCAAUCUACACAAUUCCAGUAAAAAACAUUCUUGCUGUGGAAAAACUGGAAGAGAGCUCUUUCAACAAGAAAAAUAUGUUCCAAGUAAUACAUACGGAGAAACCACUCUAUGUCCAGGCAAAUAACUGUGUAGAAGCUAAUGAAUGGAUAGACGUACUCUGCAGGGUGAGCCGAUGCAAUCAAAACAGGCUCAGUUUUUAUCAUCCCUCUGUGUAUCUAAACGGAAGUUGGCUCUGCUGUCAGGAGACCGGUGAAAACACUCUAGGCUGCAAGCCGUGUACUGCAGGUGUCCCUGCAGACAUCCAAAUAGAUAUUGAUGAAGACAGAGAAACAGAAAGAAUUUAUUCCCUUUUUACCCUCAGUUUACUUAAGCUGCAGAAGAUGGAAGAGGCUUGUGGAACUAUUGCAGUCUAUCAAGGACCACAGAAAGAGCCUGAUGAUUAUUCUAACUUUGUAAUCGAGGAUUCUGUAACAACCUUUAAGACAAUUCAGCAAAUAAAAAGCAUAAUUGAGAAGCUGGAUGAACCUCAUGAAAAAUAUAGGAAGAAAAGAUCCAGUAGUGCAAAAUAUGGGAGCAAGGAAAAUCCAAUUGUUGGGAAAGCAUCUUAGAGUUUAACAGAUUGGUUCAGAAGAACUGGAAAAUAUUAUUUUUCUUGGAGCUUUUCAAUUCAUCAUAUAUUUUGUUCAUGGUAUUUAAGAAUGAGCAUCCGCUUCAAUGUCAUCUGCCUCCACAUUGUAUUUAAUAUUUAAUAAUUGAAAUUAAUUGUUUGGGAAUCCUGGUAUUGAUGUAUUAGUAGAGAAUUUAAAGCCCAAGAUUCCCUUCAUACCUGUGUGACCAAAUCCAUGUUUCUGCAACUUCUUUUUAAUCGAAAGAAUCUUCCUAGAAAAGCUUUGUAACAAAGGGAGAACUCCUCCGUAGCAAGAAACCAUCUCUUCUUGUAACACUCUGUUCUGUGGACUUGUUUUCACUACCAUCAGUGCCUGCUCUAUACUGCCAACAUUGUGUUUUACUAGAAAAUUCCAAUUCAUGACAGUUUAGAGCUUUUCAUUUAGUUCAUGUAGACCCUCCCACUUUAAAAAAGAAAAAAAAUAAGAAGUGUUUUUCCUUUGGUCCAUCAGUCAUUACAGGUUCCAUUCAAGACAGUGAUAGAAACUUUAGAAAACUGCCAGAGCAUACUUGAAAGUUGGUAGAUCCUUUUGCCUAAAGAUGUAAACAAAACUCAAGACAGAAGGAAUCAGGGAAUAUGUGCUAUUGUGUGCAUCUUGUUUACAUUUGGGAUCAGUGAUGGCAAAAGAAGUAAUGAGACCACUGAAAUUGUUUUCAUUGUUUUAAAUACCAGGUACUCAUUUUCUUGAUUUGAAAGUUUAACAUGACUUCUAAGGACAUCUCUUCAAAAAGAAAGUAAACAGGGAAUGAAGGUGGUGGGAAAAUCACUUCACUUCACCCACUAUUUCAUGUUGUAAUAAGGGCCACCAUAAGGAUGCCCUCCUCAUAGUGUUCGGUUCUGAUCUUCCUCGAGAACAGUCACUUGGCGCACUUUAAUAAUCUGGACUGCUCCAGAUUUGACUUUAGAUACUCCAUGGUAUCUAGUCUUUAUGAUCAGUUGAAUGAUCAGUGUUUAAGUCUAAAAAUAAUGCUUUCCUGAAGAUGUUUAUAUUUCAUUGCUGUUUCCUUAUUGCCUGCUAGCCAAAUGGAAUUUGGGCAAGCAACUCUUUGAAGACUUUUUUACCCUAGAAAUUUACUUUUGUCCUAAAAACCCUAACUGUAAAUAAGCAGUCGAAGCAAGUUGCCACCUUGAAGUUGAGGGAUACACUUUGCUUCAUCAGUAUUAAAAACCAUGGUACUCUUAUUUUGUCUUUUUUAAUUCAAAACAUUUUCUAAAUGUGGUACUUUGAACCUUGGAGUAUUUACAUGUUUCUGUUCAAAACUGUGACUUAUUAAUGUAAGUCUGCUAGUAGUACUUUUUUUGUCUGAGCAUAAGCUAUAUUUCAAGAUAUACUUUGCCAAUUUUGUUAUUGGUGGGUAAUCAUUUUUAAAUUAUAUUGUUAUUAGGUAAUUAUUUUUAAAGACUACUGGCAUACAAUCAAAGUUGUUCCAUAAAAGAAUAUAACUGAGCAAUGUAUUUCUCUAAAUGACUUGUAAAAAUCAAUGAAUUAUGUUUAAGUCUGCAUUAUGGUAGGUUAUUACUCCCAGCUCAUUUUAAAGACAAGUUUGAAAGAGUCCUUUAAAUUUUAUAAGCUUGUAGAUUCCAUAAACUACACUGAUUUAUACAUUUGAAAGAAUUUAGCCAUUUAAUAAAUUUCUUAUUCUCAAAUUGCAUUUAGAUUAAAAUUCCUUUUAAGAGUCUCUGAAAUGUCUGCCUGCGAAGAACAUGUAAACAUUGCCAGAUACCAGUCAUUAUUCUUUAGUGGCUUUUUAGUCCUCUGCUUUUUUUUUUUUAAGGCAAAAGAAAUAUGCAUCUAGCAUUUCUAAUACCAGAUCCCCAAUUGUGAUUGUUUUAAAGAUCACGGUAUGAUCACAGGGACCAAGGCUGUGUGCAUAUAUAACUCUGGAUUUGAAAGGAGGAGAGUUCAGCCAUCUAGUUCUUUUCUUCACAUGACACUUUUAAACAGCCAGUUUGACUGGAAUUAACCAACUUGGCACAGCCUAAAAAAGGAGUAAUGUGAAAUUAAGUUAUUUUUCUUUGAAAGUCUUUUGAAAUAAGAGACCAUGUAAGUAGGACCCUAAGACAACCAAGGAAUUUGCUUCCAGGGCCCUCAUUCCUCUGCUGUUACUUACAAAUGUUUUAAUUUUUACUACCUGAUAUUCUUUCUCUACCUUUUCCACAUUUGAAAAUAUACAAGGCAGCUCACUUCAUCCUAAAAACCUAAAAACUCCAGGAAGGAAAGAAAAGGAUGAUAUGGGGAAAUUUGCCAUAAAUGCUGGUUCUGGUUCUUAGUUUAGCCAUUUCCAUCAGUUGAAAUUGUGGUGUGAUCUGUUGCUUGUUUCGUUGUUGUUUUGUUUUUGUGUAGCUUUGUUUUUUAAUAUUCAUUUAAUAAGAUGAUGGGCAAUAGCAAACAUUUUUACUCCCAGGAAUAUAAUUUAUCAAAUUGAACUAUUUUAUUUGCCAAAGAAACUUGUUUUUAAUAUCACGGGUAAUGGGUAAGUGUGAAAACUAGGCUUUUUUAAAUGAAACAAAAAAAGGUGACGAAUAAUAUGGCUUUUGUUUCUGUUUCUGAAGCCUGAUUUCAUUUAUGCCAGGUUUUGAAAAACAGAUCUUUUUCUUAAGUGAAAGCACCUUUAAUUUGCUCUAACGGUACAUCCUGUAAAGACAGAAUUCUGCAUAGCCUUUUAGGUGUUUUUACAGUAUGUGAAAAAUACAAGACUCAUUCUAGAGUUAAAUUACCAAUCUUGGUUGAUAUUAUCUGCUUCCAUUUUUAUUAAUUUGGAAAUUAAUAUGUUGCUAGUAAAUAUUGGUUUUUACAGUACCCAGUUUGAAAAUGUAAGUUAUCAAAACUUAAUGUAGUGAAUUUGUGUAACCAUGUUGUAUUGUUGAGAACGUAUUUUUAUUUAAAUUUUAUUUUCUUAUCAAGAGUAUUAUAAAAAUUAACUUUUGUAACUGUCGCUUGGAAAUAACUCAAAUAAAUUACAAGAAGCCUGUC